UUUGUUGAUCUGAAAUAAGAGACGCAGUUCGGGAAAAGAUACGAGUGCUCCUGUGAUUCUUUCUCUGAGACUCUACCUUUAUUUUUACAGAUUUGUAUUCUUUUUGUUAUUGUGGUCUUCACACCCGGGACCCGUAACACACACAUAGAUGGAACACAGAUGGCAUUAGCAAUAAUAAACUGCACAUGAGAAUCCCUUUGAACAAACUGGAUCACAUGUGGGAUGACUGAGAGUGGAUUCACAAUGAACGAUUCAGAGGAGGAAGAGGAGUUCCAUGAUGCAGUGGAUACCUUCUUUGAGCCGGAAGAAGAUUCUCUGAUAUCAUCACACUCUGACCGAUGUCGUGGGGUCGCAGGGGCUCCAUGUCGUGGUGAGCGUCGUGCUCCGAGUGCUUCAUCUGCAGGGACAUGAUCUCUUCCUGCACGGCGUUUCGCCGGUUUAUUGAGACUUUCAACCCCAGAAACACACGUGGAGAGCUUAUUGAAGGAUCUUGGCUUGGACCAGCACUACACAGUGAAGCUGUCACUCAGCAAAAUACUUGAAGUUGAUGAGAAGACCAUCACUGAUCUACCUGCCAAGUGCAAAUCAGACCUUCCAUGGUACUUUUUAAAGAAACUGAUGAUGGUUAAUGUGACAGCUAGGAAUGUGAAAUAUAAAUCUGUUUGUGACUCAAACUGUGAUGAAUAAUCAGUGAGUACAAAGUUAAAUCUUAAAAAUCUGGUCAAUAGCCCAAAGACAGGUGUUAUGUUAAAUCCACUCGAUAUCAUCGCUGCUCUCUUUCUGUGUUCUGAUGGUUUUCUACAGCAGGAAAUCGCACUAAAAAUGUCCAUGUGUCAGUUCUCUGUUCCUCUGCUGCUUCCAAAUUGUGACACCAAUCAGUGCACACUCAUGCUGUGGGCCAUGAGAGACAUUGUUAAAAAGUACAGACCUCAGUCUCUGUCAGAAUCCAAGGGCUUCAUUGAAGACAGAAUCGUUCUCUCUGAACUUCCAAUGAUCUCUUUUGUCAGACUGGGUGAGUGCUCCUCAUCCAAGUCAGAGAUUCUCAAUAAGCUUCUAACUGAUUCUCAGCAGUACCAUGACACCUUUGUUCACUACAACAUGGAGUGUGGUGACAGUCCAAGAACAAUGUCCAACGGACUGACUGAAAUUACUUGGUAUCUUCCUUGUGGAAACACAAACAUUGAUAUUUUCAGUCAGCCAGUGGCUGUAGCUAACCUUUGUGGAGACAUUGAAUCCUUUGAAACCCAAUACUCCUUUUUGUGUCAGACAUUUGCAGCAGUUUUUGUGUUCUUUGACCAUUUAGACUGAGUGCAGUCUACUUACCAACCAACACCACAAGGCACAGAUUUUCUUGGUAGGUAACUAUGAGAGCCAGAGCCUCAGUUUAGAUACUUUAGAAACAGUAGCAACCAUGUUGAACUUGACUAACAACAACAUCAUUAGUAAAACAAAACAAAAAAAAUGAUGCCGAUUUUGUCAAAAGUUUGAGGAAAACAAUCAAAGAUGUUGUUGAGAACUCACAGAU